AUGCAGAAGUACAUCAAAGAAACUUGGAGGCUUGUAAGCACAACGAAUCAAUGCCAGAAUGGAAGGUUGCUAGCUCUGAAAUGGCUCGACAGAGAGUAUGAGCAACAAUUUGCACAUAUUCGUGGAUAUGUCGAAGAGAUACUCACGCAUCACGAGAGAACAACGGCCAUUGUUGAAACAUAUCCGAAUGCAAAAAACCAAGAUGUCUUCAGUCGGUUUUAUGUGUGUUUUGAGAAGCUUAGGACCAGAUGGAAAAGCUCUUGUCGUCCUAUCAUCGGGUUAGAUGGAACCUUCUUCAAAGGCAUAGUGAAAGGUUGUUUGUUGACAGCGGUUGGACAUGACCCUAACAAUCAAAUUUAUCCGAUUGCUUGGGCUGUGGUACAAGCUGAGACAGGGGACAAUUGGUUAUGGUUUAUGAAGAACCUAAAGGCUGAUUUGGGGCUUGAAGAUGGCAGUGGAUAUGUCAUCAUUUCAGACAGAUGCAAGGGACUACUUAGUUCUGUUAAAGCCGAGUUGCCAAAGGCAGAGCAUAGGUUUUGCGUGAAGCACAUCUAUGAGAACUUGAAGAAGAACCAUGCCGGGAAAGACUUAUUGAAGAAGUAUGUGUGGAAUGUUGCUUGGAGCUGUACUAUGACUGCAUACCGAAAGAAUCUUCAGAAGCUAAAAGAGUAUGAUGUGCCUCUGUUUGAAGAUGUUUUGAAAAUGGAGCCAAGGAAUUGGACAUUAGCUUUUUUCAAGCUUGGUAGCUUCUGCGACAAGGUGGAAAACAACUCAACAGAAUCUUUCAAUGCAACUAUUACAAAGGCAAGAGGUAAGGCCAUAAUACCAAUGCUUGAGACCAUUAGGAGGCAAGCAAUGGUUCGAAAUGCAAAGAGACAGAAGAAGGCUGAAAGAUGGGAUGGUAGGUGUACAAAGUAUGUCAAAUUGGUCCUCAAGGAGCUGAAGGAACACGCUGACAAAUGCGUGGUCAGUCGCAUCCCAUGUGAGCAUGCGUAUGGAGCGAUGUUAGAUGCUGGUUUAGACACAGAUGAUUAUGUCUACGAGUGCUUCUAUACAGGUAAACAGCGAGACUGUUAUAGUGAUAAUGUCAAGCCAAUGAGAGGACCAGGUUUCUGGAUGGCUGGUUCUCAUAGGCUGGUGGUAGCUCCUCCGGAACAAGAUCCUCCAGAGGGAGAGGGAUCUGAAAAAAAGAAAAAGAAGAAGUCCAAAAAAGGCGAAAAAAGAAUCAAGGGUAAGUUUGAGUCACCAAAAAAGAAAAAAAGGCAGGUUCAGAAAACCAAAAGGACUGGUCGAAUUAUGCAUUGCUCCAAGUGUGGUGAAGCUGGUCACAAUGCAGCUAGAUGUAAGAUACACCCAAAGAAGAAACGAAAGAUGACAGAAGAAGCAAGUGACCAGGCCAAUACUUCAUCUCAAGGAGCUGGAAAUGGGGCUUUUCAAGGUCCAGAAACCAUGUCACUCACUCAACCAUCUCAAAUGUCAGACUAA